AUGAAAAAUUCAGGAGAUGUUCUUAAUUACAUGGUACUAGUAACUGGGACAAUGCUCAGUCUACAUAUCUGUAUCCUCGGGGAAUUCAUCAGACUUAAAUCUGAGAAUUUAUCUGAUACACUCUACCAAACUAAUUGGUACGAACUAAGCUUAAAGGAUCAAAAAAUCUUCCUUACCACCCUCGGAAUGACUCAACGGGUGUAUGGACUAAAAGCUGCAGGGAUGUAUGACGUUAAUCUCUAUACAUUCAUUGAGAAGAAAACCUUCUUGUAUUUGGUGGAAAAAUCCAUGACGAUGAGAAUGUCUCAAAUCGAAAUUCCCGCAAAGUGGCAUCCCGUGCUGAAAGGAAGACUAGAGAUGGAUGACAUGUCCAUUAUCUACUACUCAGGCAUAGAAAUGGUUCUAUGGUCUGACAUAGUUAUCAUGGCAAUGAUUAUGUACUGCGCUGCAGAGCUGAGAAGCAUAACUGAGUUGAUAUCAAGGCUUGAUGAAGAUCAGAGUACGUCAGAGCGCAGGAAGAUCCUCAAAACUGUCUACGAAAUGCAUCGAAUGAUUGCAGAGAAAGCCAGCCGAUUAACUCUCUUCUUUUGGUACAUUUACUUCGAGCAACUCUUCAUGGUUAUGACGUACUUGUGCAUUAUCCUCUUCUCCAUGCAAACCAUCAGUAUGACGCUGUUUGUCCUCGCAGUAACUGUCUUGGUUAUUCUUAUGCAAAUCUUCAUUCUCUGCUUUUUUGGGCAAAUUAUUCGGGAUAGUUCUGAGGCCAUGUUUGAUGCUCUUUACAUGACAAAGUGGUACGAAAUGGAACUAACUGAUCAGAAGAAUCUCUUAAUCUUUAUGAUUAGAUUCUUUCUACCAAUUCGGGUGCAGACUUUUGGAUUUGGAGUUGUUUCUAUCUUCACCUUUGUUCAGAUCUGCAAGGUUUCCAUUAGUUACGCAACUAUCCUCUAUACCGUAUUUGUCUGA